UCUUCCGCGCGUGCGCCUGCCCCUCCCCCUUCCCCGGGCGGCCAUUUUGGCGACGGUUUCUCUUGCCUCGGCGUGGGCGGAGCAACAAGUUCGUUCCCCGCCUAUCGCUGUGGAGAGCAACCGUGAGGAGGAGAGAAGGAGGAAAUGGCGGCUGCCGCCACCACCCUUGUCCCUGCUGCUGGUGUUUCUGCUGCUUCUGCGAGCGGUCGUCUCGGCUGAGGCGGCAGCCCCGAGUUGGCAGCUCGGCUCUUUCCCUCAACCCUUGCCCCCUCCGCGAGCCUCCUUUCUCUCCUCUUCGAUCUUUUAAAAUUACAUGAUGUGUGAUGAGUUGGAGAUUCUUAACAGAGAGCUUGAGAGGUUAUUACAAAGCAACAUCAUGGAAGAAAGCUCUUUAAACUCAGAAUCUCUUCAACCAUCAAGCUCUGAUUCCUGGGAUGUAGCUACUGCUUCAGGCAAUGAAGCACAAGGCAGUUUAGUGAAGGCAGCCUUAUCAACUGGAGUAUUGCUGGUUUCGGAGUCUUCAGGAUGGCAUCAAGAUGAACAGUGUACUUCUGACUUCAGCAGCACAUCAUGUGCUGUAGGGGUUACGCUGAGUGGUUUUGACUUGCUUCAACCCUUCAGUGAUUCUUCCUUUGGUUUAAAUCAACAGGCAAAAAAAUUCUCAGCAACCUCUAAUACUGUGUCAGAGGUGACACUUGGGAGCAGUAGAAUCUCUAGUAUGGACGAAGAAAAUUUGGAAUCUGCAGUGGAGUCCGAAUCUAAUAUGGAAAAUCCUGCUCUUGCUUUGGAUGACAGAGGCGAGCAAAGCAAUGAGGAUGAACAAAAAACAAUUAAGCCCACUAGUAAAGAGUUCAAGAAAACUUGGGGAUUUCGGAGAACUACAAUUGCAAAGCGUGAAGGUUUAGGAGAUGCUGACAUGGACAUCAUUGAGCAGUCGUCUGCACAGCAUCAAAACCUGGCUCUUAGGCGUAGUGGGCGACAACCAAAACGCACUGAACGGGUAGAAGAAUUUCUUACAACAGUGAGGCGCAGGGGAAGGAGGAAUCUUCCUGCAGCUCUUGAGGACUUGGGUGAACCAGCAUCCUGCCAUGUUACUGAUAUUGAGACUGCUUCUGAAGGCAGCGUAGAAAGUAUGCCAGAUACAAAAAAUGUAAAUCAGAAGGGCCGCUCCAAAGAGAGUAAGGGCCCAUCAGCUUGUAAGAGUAGCUCAACUAAGGAACCUGAGGAAGAAGAGGGAGAUGAAGAGGAUACAUCUGACAGUGAUAGUGAUGGGUUAACAUUGAAAGAACUACAGAACCGUCUAAGGAAGAAACGCGUUGAGGAGAAGCCUACAGAAUUAACACUGAAAGAGUUACAGAAUCACCUCAGGAAAAAACAUCAAGAGCAGAACUCUGAUGAGUCAGUUGAUGGCCAAACAGACAAACAAAUUAAGCAUGAAGUAUCAGUAAAGCAAGAGCCAGAAAGUAAAGAUAAUAUUGAUACUGGAGAUCAGUUAGCUGUUUCAAAGGGAAAUACUGAAGCAGUUCAGGUUAAAAAAGAGAGAAAAUCUCCUUUGGAGACUGGUGAUGAAUCUGAAGAGCCUAGGAGGACCAAAUCGGAGUCUGAAGUUUAUGAUCCUAGUACUCUAUAUUGUAUUUGUCAACAGCCUCACAAUAACAGGUUUAUGAUUUGUUGCGAUAGAUGUGAAGAGUGGUUUCAUGGGGACUGUGUAGGGAUUUCUGAGGCUCGUGGGCGACUCUUGGAAAGGAAUGGGGAGGACUAUAUCUGCCCAAACUGCACCAUUCUACAGGUGCAGGAUGAAACUGUUAUGGAAACAGAGCAACAUGAAACUGGGUUGGGACACGUUGCGAGUGAUGGCACAGAGCUCACAAGCAUAGGAACUAUUGAACAAAAGUCCAUUGAGGACCAAGGAAUAAAGGGUCGCAUUGAAAAAGCUGCAAAUCCAAGUGGAAAGAAAAAGCUGAAAAUAUUUCAACCAGUUGUUGAAGAGCCUGAAGCCGCCAGUUGCAUUGGCCCAGGGUGUUCCAAUGUGGCUCAGCCAGGUUCCGUGUACUGCAGCCAUGAAUGCAUCCUCAACCAUGCUGCAGCUACUAUGAAAUUUCUAAGUGAAGGCAAAGAGCAGAAACCAAAAGAGAAGAUUAGAUCAAAAGUUGAACGAACUGUUGUUGUAAAACCUCAGCCUGUGGCAGGUACCAAACCCCUUUCCAUGCAGAAGAAACCAGCUCCUGAGAAGAGAGACAGCAACAUGAAGAAAGCAGUGGUGACAGCUGUUAAGACUGAAGCAAAUGCUCAGACAGUAGUUAAAGAAUCAACUUCAGAAAUCAGCACACCAUCCUGGGCAAGCGAUCAUAAUUAUAAUGCAGUAAAGCCAGAAAAGACUCCUGCCAUUUCAUCAUCACUAUUGUUGAAAUCAGCACAGAAAGAAGAGCGGAAGAAUGAAGAUAAGCCUACAGUAUCUUCUUCAGUAUCAAAGAAAAUUGUUGCAUCAACUUCUACAGUUCAAAAACAAAUGUCUUCCCAAAAUAGGACUCAGUUUCAAAAGAAGCCCUCUACAUUUACUAGUACUUCACUAACCAAACAUCCAAUUAAACAUUCUGCUGCGGAUUUCAAAGGUGUAAUACCUAAGAAAUCCUCAGUUUCAACUGGUUCAUCUACACCAAGCAGUGUGCCGUCAUCAAAACCAUCACCUGGAUCCUAUGGUAUACCUUCGACUUCCAAAAAAAUAGUUUCUCCUUCUAGCACAGUUGGGGGACUUCGAAAGCCCUUUAUGUCUUCCACUGUUCCAUCAACAACAUCAGCAGCAUCGCAAGGCAAACUGUCUGCAAGUGCCAGUCAGUCACAGCCUAAUUCACAAAUUCGUCAAAAUAUACGGAGAUCCCUUAAAGAGAUUUUGUGGAAAAGAGUAAGUGACAGUGAUGACCUGGUUAUGACAGAAAGUGAAGUGGGAAAAAUUGCUCUGAAUAUUGAAAAGGAAAUGUUUAAUUUAUUUCAAGCAACAGACAAUCGGUAUAAGAGUAAAUAUCGCAGCAUUAUGUUCAACCUUAAGGACCCCAAAAAUCAGGGGCUUUUCCAUCGUGUUCUUCGAGAAGACAUUCCUUUGUCAAAGCUAGUAAGAAUGAAGCCAGAAGAACUUUUAUCAAAAGAACUAUCUGCAUGGAAAGAAAAACCGACCAAAUCAGUAAUGGCACCUAGACGUAAAACUUUUGAAAAUAAGAAAUUGGUUAUAAAACAAGAUCCCAUUCCAGAUGUUAACAUGGAAGAUUCUCCACCAGUGUCUGACUCAGAUGAGCAGCAAGAAUCAGAUCAAACAAGACCUGAGAAAAAGAGUGCUCCUGUCUUGGAUGUUUUCAGUAGUAUGCUACAAGACACAACAAGUCAGCACCGAGCUCACCUUUUUGACCUGAAUUGCAAAAUCUGUACAGGUCAAAUGUCAGCAUCUGAUGAAGAACCAGCUUCGAAGAAACAAAAAUUAUCUUCUACUAAAAAGAUGGAAUCAAAGACAGAAAUAAAAUCAACAUUGGAAAUCUCAACUCCAGCAGACAAUAUGGAAGUUACAAAAGAAGAAGAAUUGGAGAAUGCUCCAGAACCUGUUGUUGGACCUGCAACUGAAGCAGUUCCUCAGCCAAGCUUGGAAAGAGCCUACAUUCCUUUAACACAAGGACAUACUAAUCCAGAACCUUCUCUACCUAAUGAGAAUACUCUCUAUUCCACAUCUUAUGCUGGUGGAGUUAUCACUACUGUGACAGUUUCUGGCAAGGAUCCCAGAACUGCAAUGAGUACUUCAUCAGCUUCUGUUUCUGCUGCAACCUCUGUAUUGCAUCCCAUGCCCAUCCCUGACAAAGUUUCUGUAGGUGAAAGUAAACCAGAAGUGUCAAAAAGUAUUUUGCCAGCUCCAAAAUCAAUAUUAACAAAGCCAUCAUCCUCAUCAGACCUAAAAUAUUUAGCAGGUCCACCAUCACUCAAUGUUAGUAUAUCUGAGAUACAGUCCCCUCAGGAAGGAGAUACUUCCAUAUUUCUUUCUCGUCUCAACCCUAUUUGGAAAGGCUUCAUCAAUAUGCAAAGCGUGGCCAAGUUUGUCACUAAAGCAUACCCUGUCUCUGGGUCGUAUGAUUAUCUUAGCGAGGAUUUGCCAGAUACAAUUCAUAUUGGAGGAAGGAUCUCACCGAAGACAGUGUGGGAUUAUAUUGGCAAACUUAAAUCUUCUGUGUCAAAGGAACUGUGCUUGAUCCGUUUCCAUCCUGCCACAGAAGAGGAGGAAGUUGCCUAUAUUUCACUCUACUCCUAUUUUAGCAGUCGUGGUCGAUUUGGUGUGGUAGCUAAUAACAACAGACGUGUGAAGGACCUCUAUUUGAUACCUCUCAGUGCUAAGGAUCCUAUUCCAUCCAAACUUUUGCCCUUUGAGGGACCAGGUCUUGAAUCAACACGUCCAAAUUUAAUUCUUGGAUUAGUCAUUUGUCAGAAAGUUAAGCGUCCUGGAACUGUCUUGGAAUCUGAAAAGAAUGAAGAAAAGAGAAGUAGAAUUCAGCUGCAGGAGGAAUCUGAAAUAUCUGGGUACUCUAAAGGCACUACACUUUUACAAGAGAAGAAAUCUCUAAAGUUUUCUCUUUAUUCAGGAGAAACUAGUGUUAGUACUACUCCACCUGGAUCUCCACCACCUCCACCCCCAAAUCUGCCUUCAGAGUCACCUUCAACAGUAACACCUUCAAUGUUAAAGAUUAUAUCGUCCGUUAAAACAGCAACCACUGUUGCAUCAUCAAAUGUUUCAGUGUCAGCAACAAGUACUGCAUCUUCUACUGCUUCCUCAUCUUCAAAAUCAUCCACACCACUUGAUCACAUCCUGCAAACACUUUUUGGGAAAAAGAAGUCUUUUGAUCCUAAUACCAAGGAAUCUGAAGGUGCUCAUACUUCAAAGUCUGAAGCACAGACUGUUGCUGAUGAAGGAUUACCUGGUGCUCCCUUAUUUGAUCCCAUUGUGCAGCAGUUUGGACAGAUGUCAAAAGAUAAAGCUAUAGAAGAGGAAGAAGAUGACAGACCUUAUGACCCUGAAGAAGAAUAUAUCCCAGAAAUAGCUUUUGAAAUGCAAAGUAAUGAAAACAGACUUGGAAAACAGUGUGAAACUUUAGAGCAAGAAGAUGAGGCUUAUGAUCCAGAAGAUGAAACUAUCUUAGAAGAGGCUAAGGUUACCGUUGAUGAUUUGCCUAAUAAAAUGUAUUCAGAAUCAAAAAAUAACUCCUUGGCAACAUCUGCUCCUGAUACAGUUUCAGCCCCAUCCUUGGUAGAACAACAGAAAAUGCUAGAAGAAUUAAACAAACAAAUAGAAGAACAGAAAAGACAACUAGAAGAACAAGAAGAAGCCCUCAGACAACAAAGAGCAGCUGUUGGUGUAUCAAUGGCUCAUUUUUCAGUGUCGGAUGCCUUAAUGUCACCACCUCCAAAAUCAUCAGUAGCAAAAAUGGAAUUAUAUCAACAUGAGAAACAAACUUCUGAAAAGUCUGAGCUAUCUAUAUCCUUAAGCCAAACCCAAAUGUUCAGCCAGUCAAGUGACCCUAGACAAAGUAGGGAUCCUCGCCAAGCUAGGAGAAUUGUAGCUGAGGGCAAUGACUGUUCUGAUUCUAAUACAAAGCUGCACAUGAUACAGGUAGACUCUUCUGUGGGACAACUUCCUCCACCCAGCUAUUCAGAUCCACUGCAGACAUCAGUAGACAAGGAAGAUAAAACACUGGUUUCUUUUACUCCAUCUAGCCACAAUGAUACAUGGAUUACAAGUGAAAAAGGCCCUGCCCUCUCUGAACAAGCUGUACCUAUUAGUACUCCACCACUUCACCAAGAAACUUUAAACAAACCACCUCCUGUGGAAAUGUCUACAACUGCACCUGUUCGUAAAGUACUGCUACCCACACCUCCCAAUCCAUGUUUCCUCCCUACUUUCUCUGCACCUAACAGUAUUCAAGGUGUAGCUUGGUCAAAUCAAGCUCAGACCAGUAAUGUUCUAGGGGCAGUAAGGGAUUCUUUUUCGAGUCCAGUGUUUACCUCUCACGAGACCAUUCCUAGUCACUUUGAAGCAGAAAGAGGUCCAUCAAAUUAUGAAGACCAAAGAAAUCCUCAGUCUGGCCACUUUUAUGAACAAAUGGAACCUCCUGUAAUCCAAAAUGAGGAAGCAAGAGGUGUCCCCCCAUUUCCUUCUGUUGGACAAAAAGGUGGUACUCCACUAAUGUGUGGUGCUCUUGACUUUCAGGGACAGAGAGGUCCCCCACAACAGUUUACUGAAGGGCAUAAUAUGCCACACAAUAGUGAUGGACAAAGAGGGGUUACACCAAACAGGUUUGGGACCCCAGGAGCACCAAUUCCUUCAUUAUUUUCUGCACAGCCUGGACCUCCUCCCCUUUUUGGUGAUAAUAGGGGACCUACACCAUCAUUUCCUGGUGGUCAAAAAGAAAACACAGCCUCUCAGUUUGAAGAGCACAUAGAACACAGAGAAUUUCAAGAUUCUCAAUAUCAUGAAGUGAAUGUGCCUUCUGCACAGUUUGAAGGACCUGAGCCUCCCCAAUUUAUAGGAAACAGAGGACCUGCACCCCUUUCUUUUGGGGGACAAAGAAGACCUCCCAUGAAUCAAUUUAAAGGUCAAAGAGGGGGCCCAUCACCUCAGUUUGGAGGACCAAGAGGUCCUCCACCCAAUCAUUUUGGAAACUCAAGAGGUCCUCCUCCAAAUCAAUUUGAUGGACAAAGAGGGCCCACUCCUAGUCACAUGCCAGCAUCAAGGGGACUUCUACCACCACCAUUUGAAGAACGGAGAGGGAGCCCACCACCCAGAUUUCCCACCCAGAGAGGUCCAACACCACAUCAGUUUGGAGGACCAAGGGGACCAGCCCCUGGCCCAUUUCCAGAACAAAAUGAGCCUCCUAAUAGACACAAUUUUCCAGGACAUUCUCAGCAAGGUAUGAAGCCUGGCCCUAGACCACUUUUGGAUCUUCCAAGUCAUCCACCACAGCAUAGGAAAGACAUGUGGGAUGAAACAGGACCCUCUGCCUCUCAUUCUAGUGUUUCAGGGCAGGGUUCUGACUCAGAAGCACAAUGGUCAUCAUCUGAUUUUCGAGACAGCCGAGGCAAUGACUAUAGAAAGCAAACUUUUGAAGGGAGACAGAGAGAGAGAUUUGAGAUAGGUAAUAAGGAAAAAAUACUUGAGCAGUCUGACCAUUCAGAUAAUCGCUCAAAUAGAGGAACUGAUGAUAGACGAAGAGAUCGUGACCAGAACUGGACUUGGGAAAAGGACCGUGGCAGAAACUGGAACAGAGGUAGAGAAAGGGACUGGGAAAGGCACAAAGAAAAAGAGUGGGAUAAAAACAGAGAUAGAAGCUAUAACAAAGACAGGGAGAGAGAUUCAGAACGGAGUAAGGACUGGGAAAAAAACAGAGAGAGAACCAGAACCAGAGAAGGGGAUACUUACCGAAGACGAGACAGAUCAAGAAGCAGAGACCGUGAUUAUGACCGAUACCGAGACGGAGCUCGAAGUAGGGAGAGAGAGAAGGAUAGAGAAAGGGAUAGGGACCGUGACAGAGAUAGAGCAAGAGAUCGCAAGGAUCGGAGUAAAAGUAAAGAAUGUGACAAAGACUCAAAGCCAGAAACACAAGCAUGUGGCCAAAGGCUAACACAUGCAGAGGUUACUCCUCCUCCCACAAAACAAACAUAGAAAAUAAUUACAACCCUUUCAGAAGGGAAGGAGAAUGUAAGGGUUGUAUGCUCAUUGUACAUAUUGUAUAUUCUCUUUGUUAGAAAAUAAUUUGUAAAACCUGUUUCACAAAAAUGAGAAAAUUUUUGAAAUGUAAAUGUGUACAGUAUAUUAAGCAGGUACAUCCUGUACUUGCUAAACUUUGUUCAUGUUUUCUUACACAAGGAACCAUCCUUCCUUGCAGGGUCACAAUAUCUGUGUACAAAUUGAUUAUGAGAGGGUUUAAGAUAAACCUGCUUACCCCCUCUUUCAAUUGCACUACCUGCUAGAGUGCAGGCCUGGUGGCAGGAAUCUCUUGAACCCACUUCAAGUGUUGCACCCCUGCAGGGAAGAAUUGUGGCUAUAGCAUUACAGUUCUAAAAUGUUGUGUUUUUCUUUACUACUUCUUUAUCUUGAAAUUUCCAUUUGCAGAAGUAUAAAUGGGAAUUAUCUUCAAAGAGCAUAUUGCUAUUUCAAGGAUAUAAAGCUAUGUUUUCCAAUAACUUGAACAGUAAUUUUAUGAGAAUUUAAGCAAAAACUUAGAAGCCAUAACUUUACAUCUCAAAUAUAUAGUAUUUUGGUGUUUCAGUUACUCCCUUCAUACAAGACAGCCCAAAAUUUCCGUCCUGAGUUAAUCUAAUUACAAUCGGUUCUGUGUAUUCAGGAAAUGAUUCCUGAGGAGCAGUGUUAUUUCUUAUAACUUACAGAGUAUUUGAAUAAGAAAUAGUAAGUUUCUUAACUUCAUACUUCCUUUUUACAUGAAGGCAUUUUGGGUUACAGACUUCAGUAAGAUUUCAGGCAUGAAAUGGAUAUAUCUAAAUAAAUAAUUACCUUUCAUGUAUGUAAAAGCUUUUAAAUACUGCAUUUUUAUGAAAGGUAUAAUUAAUGAAAAUUAACACUCCCAUAUACAAAACAAUGCUUUUAAACCUGUUUAUUUGAAAACAUUUUACAAAUUGCCCAAUCAAAUGGAAUGUAGCUACUUGAGCUUCAUGCAGAGAUGAUUAUUAAUUAAAUAAUUUUGGGGGCAGGAUUUGGAAUAAUUUCAGUCAGAAAGAACCUAUACUUCAGAGUAUCUGAAUAUAUUCCAGCCAGGCUGAAGUACUUUUAAAUCAUUUAUUUCAGUGGGAGAGAUUUGCCCAGAUAGGCAAUUGUCUUGUUACCAUAUACGGGAUUUAAAAGUAUUUCUUUCUAGUCAGACUGUGUCCCCAUUCUUGUUCUUGUCAAACUUGUGGCUGUCUGUUGAUAAUACUGGAAGUAAAUAUUUGUGUAAAGAUUGAAGUAGUCAAGCUGAUACUAAUAGUUCUGUACUUUCAAACGCAGUUUUCACUGUGAAAUGCAGUAUAUUUUCCUGUAUUCCUUCAAAUUCAUAAUUCUAAACAAUGCAGAGAACAAAAGUUAACAGUUUAACUGGAUUUACACAUAGAUGAGCAAUUACUUUGAUAUUUUUAUAAACAGUUGCAAAUGUAAAAUUAGAUUUGUAGCAUCUGCAUUUAAAAUAGCAUUGUUCCAUAAAGAAAGCCCUACACAUUUACAUUUUAUAUUGGUUCAUCUUUGAACUUCAAGAACAUACUAAUUUAAACAUGGCCUGUAUGCAAAACCUUUUGCAAUAUAUUAAAGAUGGUGUAGAAUACAAAUACCUAUUAAGAUGUAAUUUUUUUAUUCAAUAUGUUUCUAACUUAAAAGGCAUACAUAUAAGUAUGCAAAAUUAAAGUGUUUGUUUAGGUUUACUUGACAGAGGU